AUGGUCACGCAAAGCAGCACACUGGCAAGUGUCGCAAGGCCAGGCGCUUCGUCAGGCAGGCACCACGGCCGUGGCCGCAGCGUGACGUGGACAUCACGAGUCAAUCCAGCGGAGGCGGAGGCGGAGUCCGGAAGCCUUGUGCCAUCACGUCCCGUCAAAGAGCAAAGGCACAAAGUGAAAGCGGCAAAGACUCCAAGAAAGGAGAAAGGCUUUGGCAAGGCCAAGAUCGCAAGGCCCAAACGGAUCGCCAGCGGCAAGGAGCAAAGGAAGCUCCGCUUUGGCAGUCUUGUGUUGGCCAUCUUUGCAAUAUUUAGGCUUGAGGUGCAUGUACCCAUGGAGCCGGAGCCGGCGGGGGGCCCCUAG